AUGCAUGUUUUUGUUACAGGCUCAACAGGCUUUGUCGGCUCAGCUGUCGUCAAAGAACUAUUAGCUGCCGGUCACUCUGUCCUCGGCCUAGCCCGCAGCGACAAAGGCGUCGAGCAGCUCAAGAGCCAAGGCGCUGAAGCCCUUUUCGGUACAAUUGAGGACUUGGAAGUUCUCAAGAAGGGUGCUUCUGUGUCUGAUGCCGUCAUCCAUCUGGCCUUUGUGCAUAACUUUGCCGAUUUCAUCGGCUGUUGCGCUAUCGACCGUGCCGCCAUUACUGCUAUAGGUUCUGCUUUGGUUGCGGCCGGAGGCAAUCGCGCCAUGGUCAUUACUUCAGGCACUAUGAUGCUGACUCAGGGAAAACUGGGCUAUGAGGAUGACGAGCCUGACAUGAGCCAUCCUAUGGCGGCAGCUCGCGGAGCUUCUGAGAAAGUGUGUCUCGAUUUUGCCAAGCAAGGUGUUCGGGCUAGUGUUAUUCGACUUCCUCCUACGACGCAUGGAGCUGGAGGGGUUUCUGGGUUCAUGGGCCCAUUUGUGAAAGUUGCACUUGAAAAGGGCGUCUCUGCAUAUGUUGGCGAUGGCCAGAAUCAUUGGUGCGCCGGUCAUCGUGACGAUGCGGCUAGACUGUACCGUCUGGCUAUCGAAAAAGCAGAGCCUGGAUCCGUUUUCCAUGCUGUUGCUGAGGAGAGCGUGACAGUUAAGGAUAUUGCUGCUGAAGUUGGCAAACAGUUGGAUAUUCCUGUUGUCAGCAUUCCUCCAGAGAAGGUGCCGGAGCAUUUUGGCUGGUUUCAAUUUGGAGCUAUGGCAGACAAUACUGCCUCGAGUGCCAAGGCCAUGGAGGUGCUGGGCUGGAGCCCUGCAGGACCCACGGCUCUGGAGGACGUCAAAGCUGUAGUUGACUUUACAAAGUCUCAUUCAGGAUAG